AUGGGUACCUAUCGCUUUGAGUUGGCAUCUACUGGCCGCUCCGGCUGCCAGAACAAGGAAUGCAAGGACAACAAGGUCAAGAUCGCCAAGGAUGAGUUCCGUGUCGGUACCUGGGUGGAAACGGAGCGUUUUCAGUCCUGGCACUGGCGACACUGGGGGUGCUGCACUCCCCGCAUGAUCGGCAAUGUCGUGGAGGCCUUGAACGACAUGCAAUCCUCUGAGACCCGGGACUAUAACCUCCUGGAUGGUUACGAAGAGCUGCCCGAGGAGCUGCAGGCCAAGAUCCGUAAGGGACUUGAGCAGGGUCAUGUUGACGACGAGGACUGGAAGGGAGAUGUGGAGAUGAACCGCCCUGGCAAGAGUGGCUUCCGUGCUCGCGGCAAGAAGAAGGCUGAGGAGAAGGAGGUAUGCCGUUUAGAGAAGGCCGAUGGGCAGGAGGCCGAGCCGGCCACUGAGAAUGGCACUACCAAUGAGGAGGAAGAGAAGCCCGUCAAGAAGACCACCAAGGCUACUCGAGGUAAGAAGGCCGCGCCCGCUGAGAAUGCCGACAAGGAUGCCACCUCCGAGCCUCAGCCUAAGCGCCGUGGCCGUGCUUCCAAGGCCGUGCUUGCUAAUGGAGACGCCGAAGCCGAAACCCAGCCCAAGCGACGUGGCCGCGCUCCCAAGGUCUCGCCUGCUGAUGGGGAUGCCGAGGCCGAGCCCAAGAAGCGCGGCCGUCCCUCCAAGGCCGCAGCUACCGACAAAGUCGAGCCCAAGCCCACCAAGAACGGCACCAAGCGCAAGACAGCCAAGGACGACGAGCCCGAGGAAGCGACUAUGGAAAAGCCCAAGCCCAAGCGUGCUCGUGGCAAGACUGCCAACGCCGAGAAGUCUGCGACUGUCUCGGAGGAGCAGGAGAAGCCCAAGGGUCGUCGCCAGAAGAAGGCCGAGGACAACUAA